GCUCAUUGGAAAUGGCAAAACAAAGGAAGGCAAAUGGAAAAAAUGCCUUUGAGCCUAGAGUGCAAACUUAUGUAACGAAGAAAUAAAUUUUAAAAUGGAAUAUUUUAAAAACUUUUCAUAAGUACAAAAUCUAAGUUGAAUUUAGUUUGUCUACGUGGACGUGAACGUGAACUUAGAUACUACGUUGGAAGUAAAAAUCUAAAAAAUACAUUUGGAUUUGUAUGCGCGUGUUCAUCGAAAACCAUAUACUGGUAUGACGUGAUCAAAAUAUCACUGUAUGUAAGCGUGUGUAGCUAAAAAAAAGUACGAUAUGUGCAUAUGAAGCAAAGCAAUUCUCCAACAAAAAAGAAUUUAGAAAAAAUGCAAAGAUAGCAAAAGCAAAUACAUAGCACGAAAUAACUCAGUUAUCUACGAAAGCUUUUAAAUUGCUUCGCACGCGCUCUAGCGUUAAAGAAUUCAUCUAAAAACUGCGAAAUAGUGGCAAAAUAAAAGGCAAUAACUAUUUUAGGUACAUAAAGAGGCAAAGCAAUAAUUAAAAUAAAAACAAAAGUGGAAAUAAAGAUAUAAAUUAAGUCAAAGCAGUCGCUAGUAACAACAUAUACACGUACACCAAAUACCAGUCAUGGCCGAUAACAGCGAAAGACAACAACAACAACAACAGUCAUCAUCUACGCAUUUCGCUGCCGUUUCACAUCCCCUGGAGGAUGUCGCCUUGGAUGUUACGGACGAUUCUGCAGCUGGCAAACAAAACUGGGUUAAAUUCGAUGACGAUGAGGCAGCCAAUAAAAAUGGCAAAAGCUAUAACACCAACAACAUCAACGGCGGCAGCAACAUUGCUAGUCAUGAUGGCGAGGGAAGUGGUGCCACCCGCACUAGCCCUAUCACCACCAGCGUCGCCGCAACCGCUAGCAGUAACCGAGACACGCUGGCAGCAGAGGUGCCAAUAUCAGCGCCAACUCCGGCAAACCGGUUAUCCCCCUCGGUGUUGCUGCCAGCGCCCCCAAGCAGAAAACAAACAUCUGUCGCUACAGCGUCAAUACCCAUAACAACAGCAACAACGGCGGCAAUAGCCCGACCGCGUUCUCCGCUCAACGGUUCGGAGAGUGGGAGCAGUGCCGAGGCGAGCGUAGCACCAGCACCUGUUCAGCGUGCAACAAAAACUGUUUCCGCCGCAUCACCUACUCCGUCCAUGCCGGAUGUAGCACCCGCUGUUUUAAAUACCGAGAGUACGCAUGUCAAUUUGAAUGCAUCCGGUAGCUCGCAACACAAGCUCCAAUACCAUCAACAACAACAACAUCACACACAUGCUUCGCAACCCACAGGCCAACAGCAGCAACAACAGCACCAAAAGGCUAAAUUGUCACCGUCGAAUGUUGCUGGUGUGGCAAGUAGUGGCUUUCAAAAACAACACCAGCAGCAGCAACAUUACCAAAAUAACAAUGGCACUUCGCCAUCGAAUGGUAGUGGCAAUAAAACGGCAUCAACCAAAGCAACAGCAGCGAAUACAUCGAGUGUGUCGAUUCCCGUGGAAACGGUGCCACCAAUGCGUACCAUUGAACUGUCGACGGGUCGCAUACGCGAAGGUUUCGCAAAUGGCGAUGUUAUAGUCACAUUGUUACCUGCCAACACAAAAUGGCCAUGGAUUACACCAGCGCUGUUCCGUCCAGAACUCGUGCCCGAGGAACUGAUGGCACAAGGACUAACUCUCACCGUCGAGGAGUAUGUGAACGCCAUGGAGACGCUGGUCAACGAUUACCGUUUCACUGUCUACAACAUCUGUUACAAGCGCAUUCUCGUCUGUUGGAUUGCGCUUGCUUUUACGGUGCUGCUCACACUGCUCUUCUCUGGACUGCAGGGUGUGGCCCUCUUUUCUCUGGGUGUAGGCUGGCUUUUCCUCAACGCGGCAGCCAUAUUCCUUUGCAUGUGGGUAAAAUUACGUUUGUCGCGCGGCUUGGAGAAAUGUUUAGCGCGAGUUAAUCGCCAACUUAUGAAGCACAAAAUUCUCUUAGUGCUGGACGAUCGUGGUCGCAUAUCAUGCCACAAAGUGAAUUUGUGCUUUUUAUAUUUCGAUGCGACGCAAUGUGUGACUUUCUUGAAUGAAUUUCUCGAACACACCGAACAAAAUGGUGGCGAAACGAUUAAAGCGGGUUGGGAACGUAAAUUAGACAUUGAUGUGAACGACAUUGUAAUACAAGGCAAUAAUCCAGUGCGGUUGUCACGAAAACAGGAGCGCGGCACGCAGCUUUUCUUACGUUACGCCUCACGUUGGGGCAUGGAGGCUUUACGUGGUCUGGUCGAUGUUACACCAUUGGAACCGGGACGGCAUUGUGGGCAAUUCCAGUGUCCAUGCCAAUAUAUAAAAGAACAUUUGCAGUGUAAACCGCGAGGAUAUCCUUGCAGUUGUAUUGCUUAUGCGGCGGAUCCUCAUCUACAAGAUCGCUUUUAAAUGUUGUAAUUAUGGCAUAAUAACUUCAUUAACCCUGCAAUAUUCGUUGCCUAUUUAUAUUAUUCCACUCCUUGAAAUACUAACUCGAAAUGUUAUCAAAUAUAUGUACUAUUACCUAGUUUUGAAUAUAAGUAUUGUAUGUGUAUAUGUAAAUAAACAGAUUGGCGCUCACACAUAUGUUAGUGUUCGUCCGAGCUUCUCCUCCGAUUUGUGGCGUGCGCCUUGUUGUUGUCACAUAAAGGAGACAGACCUAGAGUUUUAGGUUGACUACG